CCUAUCUAUCUACAGUAUCUAUCUGCUUAAGCUACAACUGCGCCGCGGAUAUACUAGAAUAUUGCGAAGUAGUUCUAGCUGUCUGCCCAGUUUUCUUAGGGGUAUGGUCAUCUGGGGACAUCGUCUGAGGCCUGAAGACUAGGAGAGAGCGCGGUAUAUCGCCGUCAAAAUGGUGCGCUUAAAGCCCCUUCUCAACCCGCAGCAACUGCGCACCGCCCUAGCGCCCAUAACCCCCCGCGCAGCCUUCCAACUCCAACCAUUAACAACAACCUGCAUCCGAGCAUCCUCCUCAACCACGACCCGCCCCGCCGGAGAAAUCCCCCCUCCCACGCCCUUCAUCCCCGACGUGCAGACCUUCCUCACCGUAAUCGGCCGGGGCCUAAGCCAGCACGCCUCCAAGUUCCCCACCUGGGAGGCCCUGUUCUCCUUAACAUCCGACCAGCUGCGCGAGCUCGGCGUCGAGCCCCCGCGAACGAGGCGGUACCUCCUGCAGUGGCGCCAGCGCUUCCGGCUGGGACAGUACGGCAUCGGAGGGGACCUGCAGCACGUGGAGGACGGCAAGGCGGACCUUCGGAUCCUGGAGUCGGAUCGGGACCCGGUGAACCCGCGCAAGUACGUGGUGAACGUGCCGCCGGGGCGGUCCGUCAAGGACUGCAGCUUGGACGAGAUGUCCCGCGUGCGAGGGUACAAAGUGGAGGGCGCCAAGACUAUCGUGGGCCCUUACGCGCUGCCGCUUAAGGGCGGCGAAGGCGUCCGGGUGUCUAUUACGGAGGGCAUGUGGGAGUUCCGGCGGGGCCACAAGAUCGACGGUGGUGAGAGGAGGAGGACCGAAGUCCGUUACAAGAAGCGCAUUGCCGAGCGGCGCGAGAUGAGAGAACGGGGCGAGUUGUAGGCGAUGAGUGGUAUAACUGAACAUAUAAAAAAAAGACUUCUGUACUUUAUGUACCAUAGACAUACCUAGCCAUAACCACGAGUUCUACGCGUGCUGUGUCAAACUCCGAACC